AUGGAGCCUGUGUCCUCAUCACCAGUCUCAUCUCCUGCUCGUCCAAGUAGCCCUGCUUUCACCAGCACUACAUCAAGUAGUGCAACUCACGUAGAACUAACUUCCUCAGAGUUCUUUAAGAAGGUUGACCACCCUGAGUCACCCCAUAUCAAUACCAUGGCUACUGAGCUCUUAUCUGGCUCUGACUGUUCACUUUCUCCCAAGCUGUCCCCCUACCCCUCAGGUUCUCCAAUAAUUCACUUCUCCCCGGUGGAAGAAAUUCCGUACCUUCCUGAUGUAAAGGAGAGUCUGUUGUAUAAGCCUGACAUUUUACAGUCCCCAAAGUCACCUUCUCGAGUAGCUUACCUGCGUGAGAGGUCGACCAAGAGGCAUAUUCCAUACCCCCCCAGGCCAUCUCCACUAGAACUUCGGUUUGCCAACCGCGUGACAGGGCGAGUACGGGAACCAGACUUCACAUCUGAACAACUGCAAGAGCAUGAGGACGCAAUAUCCAGCGGUCUCUCACGGAUGAGCUUUGACACCUUGUACAAAGCGUUCAAGGCAGUACUCGCUAGUCGCGAGGCUGCUCGCCAUGAGGUGGCGACAUCGUUAUGGCAGGUCGAAUACUCGGAGCGCAUGACAGUGUUUAAUCAGGCGCUCCACGAGGAGAACAAAAACCGCCUCAAUUUGAGGGACGAACAGCUGAAGAAGAUUAGGAACAUUUUUUCUGAGCGUGAACGCACAGAAAUCGAUGAUGACACGAAUUACAUUCAAGCUGUCUACAACGAUGAAUGCGAGAUGCUUCGCGCCAUCACCACCCAAGCAGAGAUAAUCUCAAAACGCCUGGGAUCACGUGCCAAACGUGAAUUAUUAGCGUCUACCGGCGAAGUUCCCUACCUCCCUCGUUUCGUUGGCGCCUCACAAAACAGGGACAACAUCACAUGUGCGCUGCGUGGUGGUUUCACGGAUGCCGGUACCGAUACCGAUACCGACUCCGAUAUCGAUUUCGGCGAAGAGGAGGAUCGUCGCAGCGGGUGGCCGGGCCAGCAGCGUGCGCAGUUGUGA